AUGGCGCCAAAGAUGCCGCCAUUCUCGCAGCUCGACAAAAUGGCGACAAGGACAUCCAGUUGGCUCUGCCGCCUGCUGCUCGUCAGCCUCUGCAUUGGCGCCGCUGCAGCACGAGAUUUUCGCUCGCUGGCCCAAAGCGUGGACGUGGCCUUCUACUGUCCGGGCGAGGGUCUGUUUGCCGACGACUAUGACUGCCGCAUCUACUACCGCUGCGAGCAGCGCACGGAGCAGUACAUCCGGCCGUAUAUGCUCGCUUGUAAGGAGAACACGGUCUUCUCGCGCACCCUUCGCAUGUGCCUGCCCCCAACGAUGGCCGGGCGGGACGAGUGCGUGGACCAGUUGAACGAAAUUGACGGCAGCAUGGGGGCUCUGGGUGACGGCUCGGAUGGCUAUGAUGGACUCGUCAAUGAUGGCCAAGAGGAUGACCAUAAUGCGCUGCUUAACGGUGCCGUCACACCCGCCGCCAAUGAGCUGCGCACCUAUGCGACGGCAAAUCAGCUGCCGACAAAUUACGGCCUGACAGGACUCAGUGGUGUUUCGGUCAUAUCCUUCUCGAGCUCCAGCUCAUCAUCUUUACGCGCCGCGGUGUCGGGGGAGGAGGGGGCCGAUGAGGUGGUGUGCCGGGAUGAUGGAUUUAUGAGUGAUCCCAGUGACUGCACCGUGUUUUAUCGCUGCAUCUCGAAUGGCAGGGGCUAUAAUAAAAUCGGUUUUCGCUGCUCGGACGGCACAGCCUGGGACGAAUCCCUACAGUCGUGCAACCAUAUGUUUGAUGUACGUGCUAAUGGCGGGUGCCGCAAUCAGGCCCAGUCCGAGCCCCAGAACGACGGGUAUUAUGCAGGCCAAACAUCAACACAGUCAUCGCAGUCCAGCCAUCAGAACUCCACGUCUUCGUCCAACAUGUCCAGCAGCCAGCAGAGCUCAUCGACGAGCUCCUCGUCCUCCCAAAGUUCAUCCACAUCAAGCUCUAGCUCGAGCUCAAACCAGGAGUCGUCCACGUCGAGCAGCAACCAGCAAUCGAGCACGGGCUCCUCGAAUCAAAGCUCAAACAGCAACCAAAGCUCGGGAAGCAACCAAUCCAACGGAAGCUCUAGCAACAACCAGAACCAAAGCUCAGGCAGUAGCCAAAGCUCUGGCAGCAAUCAAAGCUCAGGAAACAACCAAUCGUCGAACAGUAAUCAAAGCUCAAACAAUAAUCAAACCUCUGGAAGCAAUCAAAGCUCUGGCAGCACUCAAUCCUCCAGCAAUAAUCAAGGUUCUGGCAGUAAUCAGAGCUCGUCCAGUGGUUCCAACAGCUCAUCCAACGAAGGAGGAGGCGUCAACAAACCCGUACCCACUGAAUGUGAGGAUGAAAACACCUACAUACCAGAUCAAAAAGAUUGCGACAAGUUCUACAGAUGUCGUCUAGAUGGCAAUGGAAACCUGGAGCAAGUGCCAUUCACCUGCGGACCCGGAACUGUAUGGAACCAAGAGGAGAAAGUCUGCGAUUUGCCUAGCGAAGACCAAAAGAAGCAAUGUAAUAUAGGAUCGGGCUCUACAAGUGGCCAGCAAUCCGCUGGCAACAAUCAAAGUUCCUCAUCGAGCGGCAAUCAAUCGGGCAGUUCCAGCAGUUCCUCCUCCAACAAUAAUAAUCAAUCAGGCAGCAGCCAGGAGAGCACUACCGCAUCAGGCAGCAAUCAGCAGUCCUCCAGCAAUCAAGGCUCAUCCAGCAACCAGUCAUCCACUCAAGGCAGCAAUCAAGGCUCAUCAAGCAAUCAAUCUGCCAAUCAAGGCUCAUCUUCCUCGUCCACCUCCAACAAUCAGCAGAGCUCGACUACUUCAUCCACUGCCAGCAAUCAAGGAUCAUCCACAAGCGCUGAAAGUUCCAGCACACAAGCAACUUCGACAUCGAAGCCAUCGAAUCCCGAAGGCGAAUGCAAGGAUACGGAAACAUAUUUGGCUGACAAGACAGAUUGCGCACGAUUCUAUCGCUGUGUAGAGAAUGGUAAUGGUGGAUUCGACACGGUACCCUUUGACUGUUCGCCGGGAACGGUUUGGGAUCCCGACACCAAGGGCUGCAACCAUCCAACGGAUGUGCAGAAAGAGCAAUGCAGGGCUAUGGCAAGUGGUAGUGGAAGUUCAUCCAAUCAAGGAUCAAGCAGCCAGGGAUCUUCUAGCCAAGGAUCAUCGUCAUCUUCUAACCAAGGAUCAUCGUCUUCCAACCAAGGAUCUUCGUCUUCUAACCAAGGAUCAUCGUCCUCUAACCAGGGCUCUUCGUCCUCUAACCAAGGAUCAUCAUCUUCUAACCAAGGAUCAUCGUCUUCCAACCAGGGAUCAUCGUCUUCCAACCAGGGAUCUUCGUCCUCUAACCAAGGAUCCUCAUCUUCUAACCAAGGAUCAUCGGCUUCGAACCAGGGAUCAUCGUCUUCCAACCAGGGAUCUUCAUCUUCCAACCAAGGAUCUUCGUCUUCCACCCAAGGAUCAUCGUCAGCUAAUAACCAAGGUUCUUCUUCCUCAACCGAAACUUCCAAUAACCAAGGAUCUACAUCUUCAAGCCAGGGUUCCUCCUCCAACCAGAGCUCUUCUUCAUCUACAGAAUCCAGCACUCAGGGAUCAUCAUCCUCUAAUCAGAGUUCUUCAGAGUCAUCAACGUCAAACCAAAGCUCAUCCUCAUCCACCGAAGGAUCUUCAUCUACAACGACAACUCAGAAACCGUUCAAGCCAGCUGAAAAGUGCGAAAGUGAGGAAACAUUCCUUGCGGACAAAGAAAACUGUUCCAAAUUCUACCGCUGCGUGGACAAUGGCAAAGGAGGAUUCACGAAGGUAUCGUUCACCUGUCCGCCCAACACCCUCUGGGACCCAGAGGCCAACAGCUGCAACCAUCCCAGUCAAAUACAAAGCCAGCCGAUGAAAUGCAAAAAGGUCACAGGAACCACAUCAUCCAAUAGCACAAGUUCCACAUCCUCUUCAACAACGGGAGGUUCCACAUCUAACAGCGGUUCCUCGUCGAACCAGGGCUCCUCCUCUACCAGUGGUUCCACAUCAAGUGGCGGCUCCUCCUCUGGCAAUGAAUCAUCAACCUCAUCAUCCUCAACGUCAUCAUCGACAACCUCUUCAUCCACUAGUAAUAAUAAUAGCAAUCAGGGGUCAUCUUCAUCGUCCUCUAGCAGUUCUAAUCAAGGAUCAAGCAGUAGCGGCAGCUCAUCAUCACCUUCAUCUAGUGUGGUCACUAGCCCCACCCCAUCAAAUCCCUCAGAGACGUGCACACAAAAUGGACAGUUUAUUGGGGAUCAGACAAACUGUGCAAAGUUUUAUCGCUGCGUGGAUAACGACAGAGGUGGCUUCACCAUGAUUCCCUUCACUUGCGGUCCUGGCACGGUCUGGGAUGCUCAAAUCCAGAGCUGUAACCAUGCUUGGGCAGUCAAGGGAUGCGGUGGCUCCGCGAGUCCUACCUCAUCGGGACCUACCACAUCGCGACCUACGACAUCUCGACCAUCAUCAUCCACAACAUCCACGUCCCGACCUUCAACAUCGCGUCCUACCACAUCGCGUCCUACCUCAUCCGGACCUACCACAUCGCGACCUACGACAUCUCAACCAUCUCCAUCCUCAUCCACAUCUCGACCAACUUCGACGAGCUCCCCCAACACCAAUGGACAGUGCAGGUCCGAAGGAUUUAUGGCCGAUCCUAACAACUGUUCCAAGUUCUAUCGUUGUGUUAGCAAUGGCAAAGGUGGCUUCACCCAGAUACCCUUCCAAUGUGGAGCCGGAACUGUCUGGGAUCAGGACCUUCAGACAUGCAACCACAACUUUAACAACUGCAAUACCACAAUAACAGCAGAGAGGCCUCCAUGUGAGACGACAAACGAGACAACAACGACCGCAGCAUCGACCCCAUCGACGACCACAAUGAUCCCGACAACACCCUCCACCACAACGGAAAUAACGACUACGACUAUUUCCCCGUCAAGCACUACCACAGAUAUACCCAGCACAACUAUGACAUCAACGACGGGAUCGGGAUCGGGAUCAACUGGCAGCACAGAAACCUCAGAGCCUGUAACUACCACGAUGAACCCAUCCACAACCACGAUGAAGCCGCUGCCAGCUGGUACGGAAUGUGAGGGCGAGGGUUAUAUGGCUGAUCCAGAGGAUUGCCGAAAGUACUAUCGAUGCAUAAACUCUGGCAACUCCUACAAAAGGUACAACUUCACAUGCCCCCAGGGUACGGGAUGGAACGAAGAUGUCCAGACUUGUGAUUACAUGGCGAAUAUACCGAGGUGCUCAAAGUUACCGUCGACGACAACGCAGCCACCAACCACCACAACCACGAUUUAUACAUCCACUAGACCAACGGAGACGGAGAGUACGGUGACUGAGAGCCCUAAGGAACCUGAGACAACCACAGGAACUGAAAAACCCACCACAAAACCAACACCGGAAACAACCACAGGAACUGAAAAACCCACCACAAAACCAACACCGGAAACAACCACAGGAACUGAAAACCCCACCACAAAACCGACACCGGAAACAACCACAGGAACUGAAAACCCCACCACAAAACCGACACCGGAAACAACCACCGCAAGUGAAAAACCCACCCCAAAACCUACCCCAGAACCAACCACAGAAACAACCAAUGUUUCGAAUGAAUCAACAACUGCUACAAAUCAAGAAGAUACGACUACAACAUCUAGUCCAGGCUAUAACCCCUCCACUACCACCGCAGAACCAACAACUACCAACAUUCCGGAGCCAGAGCCCGAAACAAACUACAACUGCACCGCAGAGGGCUUCUUUGCUGAUCCCGAAGACUGCAGUCACUACUAUCGUUGCGUGGAUGGCAGCAAGAAUGGGAAAUAUCAAGUAUACAGCUUCAAGUGCCCCAACGGUACGGUGUGGGAUACGUCUGCAGACACCUGUAACUACGCGGAUCAAGUGUCGGGAAAUUGCUCUAGCUCUACUACAGGAUCACCCACUACAACUACAGUCUACCCGGAGGAGACCACUGAACCGAGCAGUACUGGAUCCACCGAAACGACGACCCAGUCACCAAAGCCAGAAACAACAACCCAGUCCCCAAAGCCAGAAACGACAACCCAGUCACCACAACCAGAAACUACGCCUUCGACUUCCCCGAUUGACACAACAACUACUGGAACAACUGAACCCACAGCGACGGAAGUAAUCACAACUACUUCAUCUACCCCAACAACUAGUUCGAAUGGCACUCAGCCAUGUCCCACCACAGGCCCAGGACAGAAUUUGUACGUUUGCCCCACCGGCUUCCGACGCCACCCAGAAAACUGCGGCAUGUUCUAUCAGUGCAGUGAGAACGCGGACAGCAACGACCUGAACAUUGUGGUGUUCCAAUGCCCCAAUGGAACAGUAUACCAGGACAAGUCGUGUAGCUGCGGCAAGCCCGAGGCGGGCGACACCUGCGACAAGGGUCAGAAGAGGACUAACCCCAACCUGUUCGAGGACCAAACGCGUCGUCAGAAUAUGGUACAAAUAAGCACCACAUCUCCACUUUGUCCCGACGAGGGACACUUUGCCCUGAACGAGGAUGAGUGCAGCCAGCUGUUCGUCAAGUGCGGACACUCGGAGCAGACGGGUCGCAUCGAAGGCCAAAUCUACCGCUGUCCGCAGGGCUUUGCCUACUGGAACGUGAGUCGCCGCUGCGAGCCAGCCAGGAAGCUGAUGAACUGCACCCCCACCACCUACAAUGUGGGCGGCAACGUGCCGCUGGAGUGGCUCAACAUUGGCCAUAGGCGUCGCAGUCUGCGUAUUUAA